AAUCGAGAUUCGCUGGUUGCCACACGUUGUGUGAGGCAAAAGUUACACAUUUUAUUUUUAAUUGCCAAUAUCAGUCGAAGUGAAGACCAACAAUGUCGUCGGUGGGCAGCACAACAAUUGCAGCCGAGAGCGCUGAUGCGAGUGGCACGGGAUCUGCCACCGCACAGCAGGAGCCCAUAUUUCAGGACAUUAGCGGCGAUCAGGCGGUAGAAGUGGUCGAGAUAGAGUCCGCAUGCAUGCGCUGCUUCAAAUCGGGCACAACACGACUCCUGCCCACCAAGAUUCCCUUCUUCCGCGAAGUGGUGCUCAUGUCCUUCAAGUGCGACCACUGCGGCUACGCCAACAACGAAAUGCAAUCUGCAUCCGAGAUGCAAAAGAGCGGCGUGCGCAUUGCCCUGGACGUGCAGCAGCUGUCGGAUCUGAAUCGGCGCGUCGUUCGUUCCGAUCAUUCCAGUGUUACAAUUCCCGAGGUGGAGCUCGAGAUACCCGUGCAGUCGCAAAAGGGCGAGGUGACAACCGUGGAGGGCAUUAUUGAACGAACCAUAACUGGCCUAUCACAGGACCAGGAGAAGCGUCGCAUUGACCAUCCCACAGAGGCCGCAUCCAUAGAUGAUUACAUUGAUCGCCUGCGCCAACUAACUAAGCUGACCAAACCAUUUCGUCUUCUGCUCGAGGAUAUCUCCGGCAAUAGCUUCAUAGAGAAUCCAAUUGCACCAGCCAACGAUCCGCAGUUGAAAACGUCUUUUUUUACCCGCACCCAAGCACAAAACGAGCAACUAGGUCUCUAUGAGCAGAACCACGAGGAGAACCUGUUGAAACCCAUUGCCGAGGACGAGUGGCCCAUUGAGAAUCUGCAUGGGGAGGUGUUGCAGUUCGCCACGAAUUGCUCGAACUGCCAGUCGCCAUGCGAGACGAACAUGAAACUGACGAAUAUACCGCACUUUAAGGAGGUGGUCAUCAUGGCCACCGUCUGCUCCAGAUGCGGCCACAAAACGAAUGAAGUCAAAUCUGGUGGCGGCAUUGAGCCAGAAGGUGUCCGCUUCACUGUCCGAAUUACCAGCAAAGAAGAUCUGACGCGCGAUGUACUCAAGUCGGAAACGUGCAGCUUAUCCAUACCCGAACUGGACAUGGAUGUGGGUCCGCAUGCGCUCUGUGGCCGCUUCACGACCGUCGAGGGCCUGCUGGUGGCCAUGCGUGAACAGCUGGAUGGCACUUUCUUUCACGAUUCUGCCGAUGAGCCCUCCAAGCAGCAGAUGCAGCGCUUCCUAGACAAAUACGACGAUGUGCUCAAGAUGGAAAGUUCCAUCACGUUGGUUCUAGAGGAUCCAGCUGGGAACACAUAUGUACAAUCGCUCAGCGACAACGGCGAGCCCGAUGACAAGCUAACUGUGGAGAGAUACAAGCGCAGCUACGACGAUAAUGAGCAGCUUGGCUUAAACGACAUGAAAACUGAGAACUAUGAGCAGGAGGCGUGAUUGCUUUUCAAGCUAUACACCGCACCUGAAUGCAUUUACUAAACAAAUCAUUGCGUCUUUAAUCUAAUGUUCCAAAAAUAAAAUAUUCGCAAAACGA